UUCCAUAGUUACAAACAAUCAAUUAACUGGCACUGAGAAGUUUACAACCUCGAUCUAGCUUUGUACACGGUUUCAACGACUGUUCUCACACGUACACCAUUGCAUAUUGAUAUAUGGCUACUAAAGACCCACAAGACAAUCUAACGUUUAGAGGAUUCCUGAAGGCAUCAGGUCAAGCUCAAUCGUGGGACGACACAGACAAGAAGAAAGCCAGUAAGUUUGGAUGGAAGACAGAGACUGCAUAUUCGACUGACACACUCGUUGGAAAUUGGAAUGAAGAGUGGUUCGAUGUGUCCAAGUUGUCUCAAUCUACUCGGCCAUUAUCGCAGUACAGCUAUUGUUUUGAGACUACUUAUAAGAAGACGUACGACAAGUCCCCACCCAAGGUCCCUGAAGUGCUCAAGUACAGGCAAGAUAAGGAACUAGGAGCCUUUCCUGCCCACCAACCUGUUCUGGACCCUCCUGAACUGAAGCAACACUACAAUGCAUUCAUGACCACCAGUAUGGAGGCUUAUAGACCACCAAAUAAACAAACUGAUUCUGAAUCGAAAUAAGCUAACUGCAUGCACGUGUGUGUGUGUGUGUUUUCAGCAUUGUAUAUACAUGCAGUCACCUAUAUUAUAUAUAUGAUGUUGUUUAUUAUG